AUCUGCAUGCAGAUCUUAAGGCAGCUAAGAAUGCUACUUUUUAUAAUAGCUCUAGAAUCAAUAUGAAGUCAUUAGAAUCUAAACUAAUUAUAAAAUCUAGUGAAGGUAGAAUAUCUACAGCUUCAUCUGGUAAAGAAAGAG